UCUAAUUUUUCAGAUCGACCAUAAGACAGGUUAUGAACCAUAAAUUCGUAGAAUACCUGGUUGUAUGUUACAGUUGUAAGACACAGUUAUAACCUUCAGUAACGCACAGAAUAUACGAACUGAGUUUACUGAAAUGCUGGUGGAGUGGUGACAGUCAAUUGGCACCAACAAUAAGUGUCUAAAGCAUUCCAUUAGCGUAUGAUGCAGACACAGUUCUCUUUCAGUAAAUUGACUUUGGUCAUGUGAUAUAUGUUUAUUUUCAAGAGAUAUGGAUCGUGUUUGAGUAUUUUGCUAGAUGGGUCUGCUGGUGAACGCGGUUUUUUUAUUGUUCUUUUGCAAGUAUCAUGUCACUAAAUUGUAUAUACGAUACUAAUAAAUGAAAUGGAAUUCCAACCAGAAAGUGACAUCUUUCAUUUGGAAACUGUUGUUUCUAAUUUUCGAGAUGAUCCCGAAUGCAGAUCCUAUUCUAUGAAGCAUAUACAUUUACUGUUGAAUCAUAAAUGAUGGGGAAGGAUUUUAUCAAGCCUAAGAGGAGACAUGUUGAAGAUAGCCAAGCACAGAUAACUCCGCAUACUAGACUGUACAUUGAAAUUCGGCAUAACCAAUGGCCUAUUGUUUAUAGGAAAGAAUACAAUGUCCAUUUUCUUGGUGUAGAAAAACUUCAUCCAUUUGAUGCUAAUAAAUGGGGUAAUAUAUUCCAGUACCUGAAAGAUGAGCUGCACCUAUCAGAGGAUAAGGUGUUACAACCAAAUGAAGCUUCACAAGAGGACCUCUUGGUGGUACAUACUGCACGGUAUCUUCAGAGUUUGAAGUUCAGUUUUAAUGUAGCAGCAGUAGCUGAGAUUCCACUGCUAGCUUUGGUGCCCAACUUUUUUGUCCAGUCACAUUACUUGCGACCUAUGAGGUAUCAGGUGGGUGGGAGUAUCCUGGCUGGAAAAUUAGCACUGGAACGUGGAUGGGCCAUAAACAUAGGUGGUGGUUUUCAUCACUGCUGUGGACAGAAAGGUGGUGGGUUUUGUCCAUAUGCUGACAUUACUCUUCUCAUACGUUUCUUAUUUCGGCAUGGGCGAGCCAGAACAGCUAUGAUUGUUGACCUGGAUGCACACCAGGGAAAUGGUCAUGAGAGAGAUUUCUUUGGUGAUUCCAGUGUUUAUAUUCUUGAUAUAUACAACAAAGGCAUUUAUCCAAAUGAUGGUGAAGCUAAGAAAGCCAUUAGAAGAGCAGUUCAGCUGGAACAUUUCACUGAGGAUGCUGAGUACCUUGAUCUUGUGGAGCAUAAUCUGGAGGAAGCACUCAGAGAAUUUCAUCCAGACAUAAUAGUUUAUAAUGCAGGAACAGAUAUCCUUGAUGGAGAUAGGCUUGGUCUUCUGUCUGUUUCUUCACAGGGUAUUAUACGCAGAGAUGAACUGGUAUUCAUGAAGGCUAAUGAGCGUCACAUACCUGUUGUAAUGCUGACGAGUGGUGGUUACCUCAAGAGAACUGCUCGUAUCAUAGCUGAAUCCAUUAUCAAUCUCUAUGAUAAAGGCCUUAUUUCAGGGCCUACUGUGUAAUUUUUGUUCCCACUGUCUUCAUUCUGUUGUUCAAUUAUGCUUGUAAUUAAUGUGCCAAAGUCCGUACCUUCAACAAAGUCCAGGGGGCUCAUUAAUAUUCACCUAUUACAUAUUGGUGUCAGCAACUCACUCUUGCACAGAUAUAUUAACUAAUGUUUAUAGAAUUGUUU